CGAACUUAGAAGACCUUUCAGUUAAUUUAAAAGUUUAAAUUUAUUAACGUUCGUUUUUUGAUUUUAUAACUUUGAUGUUUUUUGUUACGUACAAUUUGUUUUAAAUCAUUCAGUUUUAAUUGAGAUCAAUUUUUAUUCAUAAUGUGUAAACGUUCCAUAAUUUGUUUAUUAUCGUCUUUUAAGACGUGUUCAGUAAUCCUUUCAUUAUAAUUUAUCGUUUUGUAUUUUCUCACAAUGACUUCAUCAAGUCAUUCCAGGAGAAACCGUCGAGAGCGAAAGAAUUAAGUAAGAACAACCUUUGUAUCUUUGUUCCUUUUUUGAUUAUGUAAUCAUUUCGAUUUACUUUUAAUUUUAAUUUCUAUUAUUUUAGAUAAUAAAACCCCUCCAAAAAAUAACUCAAAUAAACACAAACAAAUGCCAACCAAACAAACACGAUAAUAUAUCACAAAUAAAGAGAAUUUGUAAUCGAAUGAAAAACCAGAGGAUUUGGUUUUAUUUCAAACGACGAGUUGGUGUUUUAUUAUAAUUCUUCAGCCAGAAAUAUUAGUUGGCCAUUUUCAGAGUGGAAACUUAUUUUACAUGUUACAGCCGUAACAUUAUUUUUAUUAUUUAAUUCUCCUGGAACAAGUUUAUGGUACGUCGUAGCCAACGACUCAAAUUAAAGAUGUCUCAAGGUAAUGAGAAUGCAAUAAAACCGCUGCCUGAAAAUGUAACAGCGUCAGCCUCGUCGUCUGAGAGUGACCACGAGAAAACAAUUAUGGAGCUGCAAGAGAAUACAGCGAGUGAUAACGUGGAAAGCCUGAAAGAAGAGAUUCGUGCUUUAAAAUCAUCGUUGCAGUUGUAUAUGAAUGCCGCAAAAACAUCGACAAGUGUUGCUGUCACGCAACCGCCAAAUUUUAAUCAAAAUGCAGUAGCUGCGCCGUCUACUACAAUGUAUUACAGUGUUGCGUCAAUGCCUAGCCGAACAGUUGGAGUGCCGUAUACGCCGACGGCACAAAAGUUAAGUAUCGAACAUCAACAUAUGUUUAGCCAAAACAUGAAUUCGCCGCAAUUUUUUAACCCUUUCUUUCCACAGCCGCUUGUACAACAACAAACAUACUGUCCACCAUCAUAUGCACCAAUACAACAACAAUUGCAUUACAUGCCGUUUUUUACACCACAAAGUGCUUCAAAUAAUUUGCCGCCGUCACCUUUACCAGUUACACCUAUGGUAUCUUGCGCGACGUACGGAACGCCUUUAUGUAAUGAUGUGCAAAUGUCUUCAUCAAACUAUCAACAAUCACAGAGAUUGUUGACAGCGACGCCGUCAACCACUAUCAAAACAACAUCACAGCCACAUGUUGGGCUGCAAUCACAACAAAAUAAUUUGAUUGGAGCAACAGAUAAUUCUGUGCCGCAACUAAAUCCAUCACAGCAGCAGAGUACACCGAUAAAGCCAACGUUUUUACAACCACAAACGUCAAAUUUUGCAGCGGCACAAAACGCCGGUAAUGCUGGUAAUGUUGACAAUUUGUUAUUGCCAGUGCCACAACAAAUUUUGCCGUCAAGUUUGCAAAAUUCAAUCCGAAAAUUACAUGAUUUACCGGAAUUUAAUGGACAACCGGAACAGUGGCCAAUGUUUGCCGUUUCAUUUAAAGAAACAACACAUAUGUACAAUUAUACAAAGCUAGAAAAUUUAACACGGUUGCAGAAAGCCCUCAAAGGAGAAGCCAAGGCCAAAGUGGAGGCAUAUUUAAUACACCCUGAAAGCGUAGAUCAGGUGAUGUCAACGUUGGAAUUCCAUUUUGGACGUCCGCAGAUAAUGAUUCGAUCCCAAAUAGCCAAGGGGCAACGCCGCAUUUGUGUAAUCUAACGUUGCUAGAAGAAUUGGUCAACAAGUUGCCACUUUCAAAACGAGAAGAAUGGGCAAGAUAUUCCUUGAAUUCUUUGGGGCAAUACCCAACAAUACGCCAGUUU